AUGGAUAAGCUGGUAUCCCGACGAAAUGCAUUGCUAAUGCAGUUGAAAUGGGAGCGCUCGGAAGCAGACAAAAUUCAUGACCGGAAUGCAUCGAUCGGUGAAGCAGUUGAUCGGCUUGACCAGUUGAAAGAGAUUGCUGAUAACUUUCGGAAAACGCAACGAGAAAUAGAAGAAAAUCAACCUGAUGCAGAGGCGAUUGCGUCAGUGCACAAUUAUCGAGAGGAAUUUACUGCUAACUAUUAUCGCGCAAAAGAUUGUUUGGAGCAUUAUUUAACACAAUUGAAGGAGGAUAGUAUAGACACAGCUUCCAUAACUAGUGAAAACACGGUUGUCAAUACAUGCCAGGACCUGAAGGAAGCGAUGAAAAUGCUGCUAGAAUCUCAGCGAACGAUGAUGCUAGCAAACCAGCUUGGAGGAAAUGUCGAUUCAGCAGGAGGAGAACAGGUAUCGAAUCGUUCACCCCAGUCAGUAGUUAGACUUCCUCCGAUAAAUGUACCAACGUUUAGUGGCGAAAGAAAACAUUGGAGGUCAUUCAAAGACAUCUAUGAGACAACAAUUCAUAAUCGAAUGGAUUUGAAAGAUUCGAUGAAAAUGCAGUAUUUGGUGUCAUAUUUGGAAGGCGACGCGAGGCGACUGGUCAGUUCGUUCCCGAUUUCGGAUGCCAACUACAGAGAAGCAUGGGCAACUCUUACAAAUUUUUACGACAAGAAAAAGUACACUGUGUUUGCUUUGGUGCGAGAGUUUGUGGAUCAAUCGGCGAUAAAUACUGCCAGUUCGAGCAAUCUGCGAAGGUUAGUUACGACAUCUGAUGACGUAGUCCGUCAACUUAACGCGCUUGGAGAUGAAUUCAACACUCGCGAUCCGUGGCUGAUCCACCUACUAUUGGAAAAAAUAGACAAGGAAACUCGUUCGCUGUGGGCGCAAAGAAUUAUUGACAUGGAGAAUCCGACGUUCGAAGAGUUUUUGAAAUUCUUGGAUGAUCGAUGUGAUGCUUUGGAAACGUGUACUGCGUUUUCUAAGAAACCAGAUGGGGGAAAGGAGCUAGCAAAAAGGCAGCCGCCGAUGGAGAAAAAAUUGCAGUCUUUGCAUACUGCAAAGGCAGUAGAAAAGUGCGCGAAAUGCUCCAGUGAGCAUCCCGUUUAUCAGUGUUCUGAAUUUAAAAAGUUAGAUAUUCAAUCUAAGCGUGAUUUAGUGCAGAAAGCAAAGUUGUGUUAUAAUUGUUUGCGUUCGUCGCAUAUCGUUAAAGAUUGCUCGUCGAAAUCUUCGUGCCGUACGACAGAUUGUAAAAAACGGCAUCAUACACUACUAUGUCCGUUAGUGGAUGGUUCGAGAGAUAAACAUACGGAGAAGAGUGAAACGAGUAACAAUCCUCCAGAAGUUACUGAACCAGUCAUCAACGUGCAUGUUACUCAAGUGCCAAAGGAACCGCAACAGUUCGUUCCAAUACUUCCGACUGCCAUUGUCCGUGUACAAGGGAGUGACGGAAACUUACAGCAUGCACGUGCGUUACUCGAUUCUGGUUCUGAAGUAUCGUUAAUUUCGGAAUCAUGCGCCAAUAAACUCGGUUUAUCGCGCAGCAGUGGCAAAUUUUUGGUUUCUGGGUUAGGCCAGCAACAAGCUGGAACGACUCGAGGGCUUGUUCGUCUUGCUUUAGCUAAUCGAUUCAGUGAUACGAUUCUUCUGCAAACGAAGGCCUUUGUGAUGGGCAAACUAACCUCAACGUUGCCUACACAGAAUUUCAAAAUGAAUGCGAAUAUUGAGCAAGUGCGGAUGUGUCUGGCAGAUCCAAACUUCAAUCAACCGGGUCACAUCGACAUCAUUCUAGGUUCGGAUGUCUUUCUUGCUCUCCUGGUAGCGGGGCAAGUCAAGGACAACUUGGGCAUUCCUGUGGCCCAGAACACCAUAUUUGGAUGGAUUAUUUCGGGAAAUCAUGCUAUUUAUACUUCGGAAGUUCGCAGUAACCAUUCAAUCAUCAACCUGCAUUGCGAUGUGGAUAUCAACCGCACUUUGCGGCAAUUUUGGGAAGUGGAGGAGGUUCCGAAGCAGCCGGAACUCACCACUACAGAGCAAGCAACUUUAGACUUCUUUAGAUCGACGCUUACACGCGACAAAACGGGACGUUUCAUCGUUCGACUUCCUUUCGACGAUUCGAAACCAGCGCUGGGUGAAUCAGUUACUUCAGCCAUUAAACGAUUGCGAUCGUUGGAGAGACGCUUUCAACAAAACCUCGAGCUCGCUAGGCAAUAUUCGGACUUUCUUGAUGAAUAUUUAGCGUUGGGACAUAUGGAGCAAGUUCCCGACCACCAGAUUGACGUCGAUUGUAGUAAAUGUUUUUACCUUCCUCAUCAUUCGGUAUUGAAAGCAGAAAGUACAACAACGAAAUUAAGGGUCGUUUUUGACGCUUCAUGCGCGUCAUCGAACGGUCUAUCCCUCAACGAUCGAUUAAUGGCAGGGCCAAAUGUUAAUCGAGAUCUCUUCACGGUGUUUCUGCGGUUUCGUUCGAACCAGGUUGCAUACGCAGCAGAUGUGGAGAAAAUGUACCGUCAGGUUUUGGUACACCCGGCGGAUAGAGACUUUCAGCGGAUAGUGUGGCGAAGUAGCUUGGAACAACCAAUUAAACAUUAUCGUUUGUGUACAGUGACGUACGGGACUAAAUCCGCGCCUUUCUUGGCCAUUGAAGCGAUGAAACAAGCAGCACGAAAUUACGAAUCAGUUUACCCUGAGGCAGCGGAGAUUAUCAAACUCGACACAUAUGUCGACGAUUUGCUUUCCGGUGCACGCGAUGUACACGAAGCGAAAAGGCUGAUAGGACAAAUUACGGAAAUCAUGAAUUCGGCAGGAUUUAAUUUAAGGAAAUGGACUACAAACGUCCCGGAACUGUUUGAAACUCUAGCUGUUGACGAACAGCUUCCUGUUGAUGUAAAAUGGACAGAUCAACCGAACACAGUGAAGGCAUUAGGCAUACAAUGGCAACCAAAGGAAGACGCCUUUUCGUUUAAGGUGUGCCUUCCGUUAGAGAGCGUGAAUACAAAACGGCCAGGAAGUGUCAUUCAAACCACUGGCUGGUUUGCAUCCCUUUCUGGAUGGAACUGGAACGAUGCGAACUACGCAGGGCCGUUGAAGAUCCAUGCUUCGUGCGUUCGUGGUGUCAAAACGACAAAGGGAUAUUUAGCGGUAUUCGUGUGCUUAUCAACAAAAGCCAUUCAUCUGGAGGCAGCUAGUGAUUUAUCUACAAGUGUGUUCAUUGCAGCACUAAGGCGAUUUAUUUCACGACGUGGAUAUCCAAAUGAGAUUUGGUCGGAUAAUGGCACAAAUUUUGUUGGUGCUGACCGUUGGCUCCAGGAGAUGUCUGCUGCACUUUCGUCUGGAACGUCAAGGGUUAGUCAUUUUUUGUCAAAUUUGGGCAUCAAAUGGAUAUUCAACCCUCCAUCAUCACCGCACCGUGGAGGAAUUUGGGAGGCGGCGGUCAAGAGCGCCAAGAAACAUCUGGUGGCAGUUCUAGGAACAUCAGCGAUGACUUACGAAGAGUUAGCAACGAUUUUGACGCAAGUAGAAGCCUGUCUAAAUUCCAGGCCUCUUUGUCCGCUUUCUAGUAAUCCUGACAGUUACGAAGCACUGACUCCCGGGCAUUUUAUUGUUGGUCAUCCGAUGAAUCUUAUUCCUGAACCCGAUGUCCGGAAUGUUCCUACAAAUCGUUUAGAUCAAUGGCAGCUUAUGCAAAAACAUACGGCUGAAAUUUGGAGGCGAUGGCAAGACGAAUAUUUAACUAGUUUACAGCCCAGGACGAAAUGGCGUGUAACAGAAGAGAACGUAAGAGAAAAUCAACUCGUGCUUGUGAAGAAUGAAAACACACCUCCUACCCAAUGGGAGAUGGCGCGUAUCGUCAAGGUGCAUCCGGAUUCAACUGGAGUCGUUCGGACAGUUACUUUGCGACGUAAUCAGACGGAGUAUCUUCGCCCCAUUCAGAAGAUAUGUUUGUUACCAGUCGAUUGA